AUGACCCUGGAGGAAAAAAAACUGAGGCCGAGUCUCCUCACCUACUUCACGGAUGUGAGCAUCAAAUUAGAAAAUAUAUUCUUAGUAAAUCAAUAUACAAAUACCCACGAAACCACCCUAGAGAGAGGUCGAAAGCCGCCCUCCCCUCCGCCCUCUGCCCGCCUCCCCGCCCCCUCCCCGCCUGGCCCGGGGGGGGGGGGGGCACGAGGGCGGCCAGAGGAGAGAGGGGAGGCGCGCGCUCGGAACCCCAGCCCAGGAAGGGGCGCUCACCCGAGCCCCCCGAGGCGCAGCGUCCUUACCCAGGCUCCCGGCCAGUCCGCCUCUUUCGCCUGCCCGCCCGCCUGCCUGCCCUCCGAGGCGGCGGCAGCAGAGGCGCCUCCUCCUCUUCCUUCAGUAGCCGGCGGCGGGUCUCCUCACCCCUCUGAGCCGAGGAUUGCCAUCUCCCAGCGGCAGCCGCCCCAGCGUCGGCUCCCAAGCGGUGCAGGCCGCCUGCAGCCGCACGGACCCCACCAGCCGGGGAGACUGCAGACUACGGGGCCCCCUUCCCCCCCACCCCAACCCUUAGCCCCCAACUGCACGCUGCCUGGGUCCAACCCCACACCUCCUUCCGCGGGAACGAGCUCCGUCCGUCCCCUCGUCCGCGGCGCCGCGCCCCCGGCGCGCCCCCUCCGCCCGUCCCCUCGUCCGCGGCGCCGCGCCCCGAGCGCGCGCCCCCGCCCCCCCACCCCACCCCCCCGUCACUAUGCCCGGGAGCACGCACAGCACAGCCACAUCCACCCGGCCUCCAUUAUGCUCGGGAGCGCGCGCAACGCCGCCGCCACCCCUCCUUCUCCCCCAACCCACACAUACACAACUUUGCCCGGGAGCGCGCACAGCGCCGCCACGGUCGCCGCAGAGAAAUCCGGCCCGACCUAG